UCCUCCUUUUUCGCUCCUAGGUUGUCCGUCUAUUUAAGUUCUCCCUCACCCUUGUCCGUUGCUCGCGUGUAUCGUCUUCCUCUCCGGAGCGCUGCGGCCCAAGGGAGGAGCCCUCGUUGCAUGGGAUCUCGAGGUCGAGAGUGGAGAUUACGGCAGGCUAGGGUUUGGUUGGCAUGGAUCUGGACUCACUGGGUUUUGAAAACAGGGGGUGGAGUUGGAGUGGCAGGAGGGGUUGUUUAGUGGGCACGCAGGGUUUUGUGGGGUUAUCACGAUGAGUCCAGAUGGCAGCAGAAACCCUCCUCGAGCACGUCUGUUCCGAACCAAUCGCAUGUCCUAUCGUGACGCUCCUUACAGAAGCGAACGCCGCAGCUACUGGGAUUCUCUCUGCAAGAACUGUAAGCGUCCUGGACACUACGCUAGAGGCUGUCCAAAUGUAGCUGUCUGCAACAAUUGUGCACUCCCAGGGCACAUUGCAGCAGAGUGCACUGCAGUGACCCUGUGCUGGAAUUGCAAGGAGUCUGGACAUGUUGCCAGUGAGUGCAAAAAUGAAGCUGUCUGCCACACGUGUAACAAAACAGGCCACCUGGCUUGUGAUUGCCCCGGCUCAGGACUAGCCACCUUUGACACCAGGCUUUGCAACAACUGCUACAAGCCAGGUCAUAUUGCCGCAGACUGUACCAAUGACAAGGCUUGCAACAACUGCCACAAGACUGGUCACCUGGCUCGUGAAUGCCCUAACCAACCAGUAUGCAAUCUCUGCAAUGUUUCAGGCCAUGUGGCACGUGACUGUCCCAAGGCAAGCCUGGCAUUGGAGAUCCAAGGAGGGCCUGUCCGCGGCAUGUGCGACCAGCCAGGUCGCAUCAGCUAUGGCUGGGUUGGUAUUGUUAUCUGCAGCAACUGUGGUGGGCGUGGCCAUCUGUCUUAUGAGUGCCCCUCAGGCAGGAUUUUUGGUCGUGUUCUCCAAAGAUACUCAUGGUAAACUUGGUUUCAACAUUGGAUAUCUUGUACUGCAGGUGAGUUUGGGCUAUUGCGGCUAUGCUAGUCGAUGCUUUUUCCCAAAUUGUGGGUUCACUUUCUAAUGGAAGUGUUUGCUCUGGUGGGCACUUAUGGAGGCCAGAAUUGAAGAUUGAAACCUAUGUUCUUUGACUUCAGCUGAUAUACAUUCUUCCAUGACAUUUUUGUGCAUUUCUUCUCUUU